AUGAGCGGCGGGGCCACCUUCCAGACCAUUGCCAACGAGCUGAAGCCAUGCAGGGUGAGCGCUUUGCUCUACGAUGCCGAGGCACUCCAGUGCAACUCCGUUCCGGAGUUGGCAGCUUGCUACAACCGGAGAGUGCCUGGACUCAUCAGUGCAGCCACACGAGAAAAUGCAUCAAAGCGCUACAAAGCGCAUGCUUCGGAGCUAGGAAGACAGGUUUCGCACUAG